AUGGGAGGCGGGACAAAGCGAUUGACCUUCAAUGAAACAGUAAUCGCCACCGCGGAUGAUGGAGACUACGUCUACCAGGAGCCGGAUGGCAGUCUGAACAUUGAACGCAUUGUCACCAAUCAGUCGCGAACCAUCAUUCCACCCGAGCAGGUGCCAAAAGAUGCGUAUAGCUACCGGAUUCACCCGGACCUGUCAUUUGUGCUCUGGGAAACUAACUGCACUAAACAAUAUCGACACUGCUUCUUUGCCGAUUACUACAUCCAGGAUGUGGCGACAUUUGAAUCUACCCCUUUAAUAGCCGAUCGAGUUGGAGAUAUUCAAUACGCAGAAUGA